AUGAUAUCCUCAAAUUUAGAAAUACCAGUAUUUUAUCCUACAUAUAAUGAAUUUAAAGACUUUUCAGCUUUUAUUUCUUCAAUUGAAGAACGUGGUGCACAUAAAAUUGGUUUAGCAAAAAUUGUUCCACCUAAAGAAUGGACCGCACGUAAAAUGGGUUAUAAACAAAAACAGAUCUAUGAAAAAAUAGUAGAAAAUCCAAUAAAACAAGAAGUACAUGGAAAAGAUGGAGUUUAUUCAGUAUUUAAUAUUCAACAACGAUCAAUUAAAUUAGGUUCAUUUCAAAGAUUAGCAUCAUCCAAUCGAUAUGCAGCACCAGCAUCAAUUUCGAAUGAUUUAGAAAAGUUAGAAAAAAAAUAUUGGCAAAAUGUCAGUGGUUCAUUCUAUGAUGAAAAUCAAACAGUUUGGAAUAUAAAUAAUUUAGGAACAAUUCUCGAUGAUAUUGUUACUGAGCACGGAAGAAAAAUUCAAGGUGUUAAUACAGCUUAUUUAUAUUUUGGUAUGUGGAAAGCAAGUUUUGCUUGGCAUACUGAAGAUAUGGAUCUUUAUUCAAUUAAUUAUCUUCAUUUCGGAGCACCGAAACAAUGGUAUGUUAUUCCACCGUCCUAUGGUAGAAAAUUUGAACAAUUUGCUGCAUCUCGUUUUCCUUCAUUGGCACGUCGAUGUCCAGCUUUUCUUCGCCAUAAAAUGACAAUUAUAUCACCAUCAAUAUUAACAAAACAAUCUAUUCCAUACAGUAAAAUGACUCAAAAUGAAGGAGAAUUUAUGAUAACAUUUCCUUAUGGUUAUCAUGCUGGAUUUAAUUAUGGUUUUAAUUGUGCUGAAUCAACAAAUUUUGCUUUAGAACGUUGGAUUGAAUAUGGAAAACAUUCAAUAAGAUGUACUUGUAGAGAUGAUAUGGUUACAAUUAGUAUGGAUACAUUUGUUUAUAAAUAUCAACCAGAACUUUAUGAAGAUUGGUGUUGUGGAAUUAAUUUAACACCACAUCCAGAAGAUAAGCAAUUGUCUAAAACGAAUAAAAAUGAUUCAUUCGCAAAAAAACUUUUAUCAAUUAAUAAUAAUUCGAAUAAAACUUGUAUUGAAUCGUUAACAACUGUCGAACAACUACUACAACAUCAUCAUCAUAAACGUGUAUCUGACGAACGAUAUGCUUGUAUAUUUCGAAAUUUAGCAAAAUUUGAUAAACAAAAACAAUUAUCAAUAAGUCAAUAUUCAGUUCCACUUAUUCGAGCUGCACUUUAUCGAGCAAAAUUUAAAAUGAAUAAAAAUCCAGUGAAAAAUUCUAAGAAAUUAUUAUGUUUAACAGCUAAAUUAGUAUCUAAUUUUUCUUGUUCUUUUCCAAUAUUUUUUAAUGGUCUUAAACAAGCAGGUAAAUAUCGAGAACAUAUUCUUAAUGGUCUUUGGAAUUAUCAAUUAUUAAAUAUUAAAUUUGAACAAUUAUUUAAUCAAUGGUUAUAUAAUCAAUCUUCUUAUUGCUCAAUUUGUUAUUUUGUUAAUACAAAUAAAUCUAAUAAGAAUGUUUUAAAUGAAUCAUCAUCACCAAUACGUUCUUUAUUAAAAUCAGAAGUAUUUUAUAGUACAUCCAAUAAUUCAAAUGAAUUACUUCAAUGUUCAAUGUGUCAUAUCAGUGUACAUCGAGAUUGUUAUGAAAGUAUAUGUCUUGCACUUAAUGUAGAUAUUAAUGAUAAAUAUGAUCAAUGGUUGUGUCAACGUUGCACAUUGAAAAACCAAAUUUCGAAUACAAUUGAUGAUCGUUGUUCAGCUUGUUUAUUUCGUGGUGGUCUUCUUCUUUAUUCUCGUUUAUCGUCUUCAUUUAUUCAUGCUAUCUGUUCAAUAUAUCAAGCUUUUCAAUGUUCAUGUCAAACAAAUUCAUGCCAUUAUUGUUGGUCAUUUUGUCCAUUAAGUUAUCGACGUAUAUCAACUCAUAUUUAUGCUUCUUGUAAUUAUAAUCAAUGUACUAAUACAUUUCAUAUAACAUGUGGUCUCAUUAGUGGAUGUAUAUUUCAAAUUGAUCAAGAUCAUUCUAUUAUUAAUGCGCGUUGUCAUUUACAUGCAACAACUUCUAUGUUAAGUCCAUCUGUAUCGAUUGUGAAUAGUAGAUCAUCAACAAUCGAUGACAAAACAAUAGAACUUAGUGAUAAUCUAAUAGAUAACAGACAACAACAAGAAGAAAAUAGGGAAAGUAAUGAUAUUGAUAACAUAGUCGAAGAAAAUAAACGUGUACCUAUAGGAACUCGAGUAUUAAUAAAUGAUGCAAAAGGACAAAAACUUGGUCAAGUGAUAAGUAAUGAAUUAAGUUAUCACUAUUCGGUUGACUUUGGUGAUGACACGUAUAGCCAUGAUAUGUAA